AUGGAUCAGAUGACACUGAUCUCUCCCACUUUAGAUUUCACUAAAUCUGUAGAGGGAGACAGUGUGGAAGUUUCCAAAAGCCAUUUGUCCUUUUCUGAGGAAAGGAUAAAGAUUGAUCCAUCUCUUGAGAUGCAUUUGGAGGCUCUAAAGGCCACGAACAAGCAGCAGUUGGAGAAUUUAGAGCUUCAGCACCAGGCUGGCUUGGAGAAGAGGGUUCUGCAGAACUCGCUGCUCUCCACAAGCACUGAAUGGAUACUAAAAACCAGCUUACUGCAGGAGUGCAUCAGUAACCAUCCUGGCCGAGACACUGAGAAACAUAGGCACCGAAGCUCGAAGUUGAUUCUUCAGAAUUUUACCUCAAAUGGGAUCAAGGCUUCAAGUACUGUAACCAGUUCUAAGGGAAUGGUGAGAGAGAGGCAGAAGAAGCCUCUACCACAAGAAACGAAGAAAGCCAAAGAGGAGGCAGACCUGGCGGAGUGUCAGAAACAGUUCUGCGUCGUCCCCAUCCCUGAGCACAUCUCAGAACCUCUUUAUGAUGACCUCAUCCGUGAACAAGAACGCUUGAGGAAAGAAGGUCGCGAGCAGAGGAAAGAUUUCCUCUUGACCAUGCAGAAGCCCUUCACAUUCCACAAGAGGGAGGAAAAAAAGCAAGAGAGGCUGAAGGAGAUGGCCUCUUCCAAUCAAAGUGAAAAAACAGAACCUGUUAUUGUGAGGAAACCUAUACCGCAAGCAGUCUCAGACCCCAGGUUCUCUGAACGGUUGAAAGAACAGGAGCUGCAAAGGAAGAUUCGUAUUCAGAUGAGAGCUCAGGAGACUCUGAAAGCUUCCUCAGCUCCCAUUCAAAGGCAGGAACACAGUGCAGAUAGCCAUUCCCGCAUUGCUCAAAAGACCAAAAGCAAGAUGCUGAGUUACUUGGAGCAGAAUCCAUCCUUCAGACCGAAGACUAACACUGCAGUGCCUGACUUUGACAAGCUGUACCAGGCCUUUCAACAAAAGGCAAUGGAGAAAGCACAUAGGAGAGAUGUCACUCACUGUAAGCCAUUCCAGCUGCGCACAUCAACAUUACAGCCACGCCACAGGAGCCCAGAAAACUCACUGAAAUCAGGCACAACAAGUUUAAAGAGGAGCAGUUCAUUUGGAGGCUUGACAUCACUGUCUCUGGAUACUCUUCCAACUUAUAUAACAGAUGCUGCCAGGAAAAGAUCUAUGGCUGUAAGAAGAUCUCUAGAGCUAAAGGACCUCAAGGAGCAGGAAAAUACUGAGUGGAUGAGACAACACAUAAUUAAAUCUCAAGCUAUGAGCAGGGCAGUAGCAAUGCGAGCAAAGGCAAUGGACCCCCAUAAGAGUCUGAAAGAGGUCUACCAGGAGAAACUCAAACAGCACCGGCAAGCUGAUCUAGAGAGGGUAAAAGAUUAUCAAAAAGAACUUAAAGAAAUAAGAACUCGAGUGACAGCCCGUCCGUAUCUCUUUGAGCAGGUGUCCCAGAAAAAUGCCAAAAGUAACGCAGAACGCCGAUACAGGACCACAUUGGAACAAGCAGGUUUGGACGAAAAUUUUGUGAGAUCAAAGGGAGAAACUGAUAAGCCCAUCCAUGGAUCAAAAAGUGUGGAUGAUGAAUCUGAAGAUGAGGAGCAUAACAGCAAUGAGAGUGAAACCCACCUGAGGAAGUGGGGAAGACAUGUUAAAAAAGAUGAGAAAAAAGAGGGGAAUGUGGAAACCAAAGAGGAAGAAUUGUGCUGACAAAAGACAUGUUUGAUGAUCCAUAUUCCACAUGUGCAAGGAAGAACAACAAAUCACUGGCAGACUGUUCCUCCAAUUAUUUCAGUGUUUGAAACAUUGUGUGUUGAGUUGUACGUAUUUUGAUCAGUUGAUUAGUUCACCAUUAAUAUUGCUCAUACUUAGGGGUUAGGGGUUUGAACAAAACCACUUACCCAAUGAAAGAAAUUCUCUCUUAGCUAAUACUGUUAUUUAUACAGGGGACCUUUUAACCUGGUACAUUAUGAAAAUAUUAAUUUUACAAAUUUUAUUUUAGCAAUAUUAUAAUUUUUUAUUUUGUUCACAUUUUAGCUUUUGUAAAAUGUACAAAUUCCAUGUAUUCCAGCAAUAAAUGUCUUGAAAGUUAUAUAUAUAUAAAUUUACGGUG